AUGUCAUACCCACUCGCCGCACCGCAGACAUACGACCAUCCAUUUGCAUACCAGCUACCGACUCUCACUCCAGCGCCCGCCGAUGCAGCGCCAACUCAACAGUUGCCCACCCCACCUGCCCAAAAUCCCGAGCAUCGUUAUGCUGUCCCCGCACCUCCACACCUGCAGCCAAACACUGGCGGACAUUUCCAACCGCAACUUGAACCGCUCGCCAAUCCAGACGGCUCGCCUCCGUUUACACAUUUCUGUUCUUCCUCUGGAACCGAUAUUGCAAACGUCACCAGCGCGAGUCCAGAGGGCUCGACGUCGUCAAACGGGACAACUCGCAAGCGCUCACGUUUCGUCUUCAUCGGCACCACUAGCCAAAUUGGACAUGAACAUUACAGGCGGGAGUACGACGAGUCAAACGAGCGCAACAUGUGCAACGGGUGGUGCCGUUAG